CUCUGUUCUAUGUAUAGAAUAGAUAGAUAGAAUCUUUCACCGCUUCUUCUUUCCUUUCCUUUCUUCUACUUUUUUUUUUUUUUGUCUUAUAAUUAUAUGUUGUAGCUCUUUCUUAUAUCAGAUUUAGUUAUGCAUUGUUUGCUUCAUUAGUGAGUGUUGUUUGUUUCUAGUUCUACAAAACAAAAACAGAGAGAAGAGAAGAAAUGGCGAAAGUUUUCUUGGUUGGCAUAGCAACAGGACUUGUUUUCACCAACUUGGUUUAUGGGUUUGUAGGAUAUGAUCAACAUCACUUCAAUGAAACUGAAGAACUCUUUCUGUUAGAGGCUCAUGAACAUGAAUCAUUCUAUUCCUCAUCCUUGCUUGAGGGAAAUGGAAAUCCUUUGCUUGUAGGACUCACCCUUAUCCACAAUGCAGCUACUAAAGGAGCAGUGUGCUUGGAUGGAACAUUACCAGGUUACCAUCUGCAUCGUGGAUAUGGAUCAGGAGCAAACAGUUGGCUUGUUAAUUUAGAGGGUGGUGGAUGGUGUAACAAUGUUAGAAAUUGCGUCUAUCGCAAGAAAACACGGCGUGGAUCAUCAUUAUUCAUGGAAAAAGAGAUACCAUUCACAGGAAUACUGAGUAAUAAACCUGAAGAAAAUCCAGAUUUUUUCAAUUGGAAUAGAGUAAAACUUCGUUAUUGCGACGGUGGCUCAUUUGCUGGGGAUGGCGAAGAUCAGGUUGCAGAACUCCAAUUCAGAGGACAACGUAUUUGGGCAGCUGCAAUGGAAGAUUUGAUGUCAAAGGGAAUGCAUUCCGCUAAUCAGGCUCUUCUUUCCGGAUGUUCUGCCGGUGGCCUAGCUACUAUUAUACACUGCGAUGAAUUUCGAGGUCUCUUUCCAAGGACUAUUAAAGUGAAAUGUCUAAGUGACGCAGGGCUGUUUCUUGAUUCGAUUGAUAUAUCUGGCGAACGAACCCUUCGGAAUAUGUACAGUGGUGUUGUAGGGUUGCAGGAAGCGCAGAAAAAUCUACCACAAAUUUGUACUAAUCACCUUGAUCCUACCUCGUGCUUCUUCCCUCAGAAUUUGAUUGCCAGUGUUAGAACACCGCUUUUUCUUCUUAAUACAGCUUAUGAUUCAUGGCAGAUCCAGUCAAGUUUAGCUCCUCCAUCAGCAGAUCCACAUGGCUAUUGGCAUGAUUGCAGAUUAAAUUUUGCUAAAUGUACUAGGCCACAAAUCCAAUUUCUGCAAGGAUUCAGGAAUCACAUGUUGAACUCUAUUAAAGACUUCUCAAGAUCAAACAAAAAUGGAUUAUUUAUUAAUUCAUGUUUCGCUCAUUGCCAAACCGAGAGGCAAGAUACAUGGUUUUCGGACAAUUCUCCGGUUAUUGGGAACAAGGUAAUUGCGUUAGCUGUUGGAGACUGGUAUUUCGACCGAGCAGGUGUUAAGGUUAUUGAUUGUCCUUACCCUUGUGAUAAUACAUGUCACCAUCUGGUUUUCAGUUGAAGCAAAGUUCAUCCAUCAACAUGAUCAAUGGAGGAUUAUGCUAUUUGAUUAAGUUAACAUAAAACAAUAAAUUAAAAAGGUUGCUGAAAUUGAAAAUUUGAUCUAUCAAAAUUACAUUGAUUUAGUCGUUGAUGAAUGCUGAGGCAAAUCCUCUUUGCUCCUUAACAGCAUUAUGUAUUAAGCCAUAGGAUUGAUUUAUUAAUAUCUAAAGUAUUUCCCUUUUA